AUGUCAUCAACAGAAAGCCCGUCACCCUCACCAUGGCCCAUGCGUACCGUGAUUCAUCGGCGACCAGGUUCGCCGCCUGAGGUUUUGUCGUUCGAUAAGGGACUUGUCCCGUCGCUUCCGACGGAAACUUCAGUCCUCGUUCGCGUGUCUCACGUGGCGCUCCAUCCGGGAACUAUCAUCCUGAUGCAUCUCGUCCCUUCGUUGUUCCGCCAUUUUCCAGCCAUCGCGGAGACAGACUUCUCCGGAGUCGUUGUCGAGGCUGGCGCUGGUGUGCCGACAGCAGCAGACAGCAGCACCCGGAGUUUCCCCUCCGGCACGCCCGUUUUCGGAGCUUUGGCAGAAUAUAUUGCCAUUGAGUCUUCGUCUAUUCCCCAGAAGCCGGAUAAUGUCUCAUACGCGGCGGCGUCUGCCCUGGGUGCCUCACUUUACACGGCGAUCACGCUGAUUGACGCUGCGAAACUUCCUCCGAGAUUUAGAGUGCUUAUCAAUGCACCUUGCGGAGGGGUGGGACAUUUCGCAACGCAAUUACUCAAGCAUCGCGAUCUAGAGGGCCAUAUCGUGGGAAUUUGUUCGCUACAUAAAGAGACACUCGCAAAACAGCUAGGAUGUGACGAAGUGAUUGACUACAAGGCCUUUCCUAACAGCGAACACCGGAGCCUAGCAGAGUACCUAACCUCCUGCCAGGACCUAUGGGAAUCAUCACCGGGUUAUCUAAAGAGUGGUAAAAAUCAUGUAUACGCAACUGUUGGGCCAAAAGUUGGCUGUACAUAUUCGGCAAUUCUUGGCUUCUUGUGGAAAAUGGCGAAGAACACAAUUUGGCCGCCGGCCUUGCUUGGCGGUGUACCCAGGGUGUACAGGCAGAUAUCCGCUUUCUUGGAUACUGAUGGUCUUGAGAAAUGCCGUGAAGUUGCUGUGGAUGGAUCCGUAAAGGCUUACUUGGGUGGGGUGUGGGAGAUGGAAGAGAUGAUGUUAGCAUAUAAGGAGCUCACCGGAGGCCAUGCGCAGGGAAAACUGGUGAUCAAAGUUUGGGAUCCAGAGAAUUGA